GGCCGCCAAGGAACACUUCUCAAAGAGCGAAAAGUUCCGAUAUCAACUCCUUUUGACAUUUUGCCAUUUGGUUGAAGGACAUGGCGAAAUGUCCGAAGGAGUUGAUAUCGGCUAUCGAGGCAUUGCAGAGCUUGCCUCCUGGGCAUCCGAAAUUUCAGUGGCCACCACUACGAUACCCCGAGGACUCAGUGAAGGCCCCCGUUUCCACCACCGCCCCCUCGGGGGCGGUGCCUUCGACUAGUCCAGCCGUUCGAGUUACUGUACCGCAUCGGACACCGCCACAUUCACCAGCUCCGGCGUCUGCACUGCUGACUGGGACAAAGGGUGCAGGCGGUUUACACGUUGGUCGGUCCGUGCCGGCCAAUGAGCCCCCUCUUGUGCAGGAGGGUGGGGGUCGUGCGGCGUUCGACGAGCACGGCACACGUGCUUUUGUUGAUAGCCGUAAGUGGGGGAGGGAUCUUGGCACUUUGGCCGGACUUGCCAUUGUGUUUACCAGUGUCAGGCGCUCACAUGCUACAUGGGCUACCACUAUUGCGGCCCCUGCCGCAGAUGAUCACGCUUCGUCAAACCACCCUUGGUUGCCGCCUCCACCGUCACCAGUGGCGCAGGGUGCAGCCGCCGACCAUGUUGCUACGACGGACAGGGUGGAUCCUUCACGCGUAGUUGUAGAUGCUCGACAGGCCUCUUCCCUUCCACGAGUUCGGAAACAGGCAGUGUCCGGGGUGGCUGUUGCCAAGGUCCACAUUCCGGUGUCUGAUUCGUCGCCGACCCCGCUUCCGACGACGACAGGUGCUGCUGCAACUGCUCCACCUGAGCUUACCGGUUCGUUAGAUCCUUUAUACAUGCGCAACAUUGCAGUGGCCCAGAGCGUGGCACCUGCGAGUCCUCGUGGGUUGUUGGAUGUUGAGAUCCUUGGCGGCCGAGCCACGACGGGACGUGGUCGUGGCACCUACCGGCAACAGGCCGUCACUUCGUAUUAUUCGGACCCUCCAGAGCACGCGUGGCAUUUGCAGAUCAUGCGCUUCACCGUUGAGAGUGGGAUGACAUUCAACUGCGUGAAGCUUGAAAGCUUCAAACGCAUGUUCACGAUGAUCAUCCCCCCGAGAGUUCCAAGGCCGCCCACGCCCAGACUGCCCACGUACCUCACGAAAGAUCCGCAAGGAUACCGCAGAGGUCACUGCGUGUGUCGGGUCUCCUCCAUGGUGGGAGGAUUUGAGAGCUCUGUGCAGGAUGUUGGAGCCUAUCAAGAUAUGUUGAGAGGUCACGGAGGAGGUGGCGAUGACGAGGGAGGUGACAACAGAGGUCAGGGAGGGAGUGGUGGAGACGAGGAAGGUGACAAGUUUGCUGACAGAGGUGUCAACGGAGGAGGUGGCGGUGGCGUCAACGGAUGUUAUGGAGGAGGCAGCGACGACAACAGAAGUGAUGGAGGUGGUGGGGACGACGGAGCUCAUGGCAGAGGUGGCAGUGAUGACGCUCAUGAUAGAGUUGAGCAGUAUGAGGACGACGGUCCUGUGCGUGGUCGUCACUUCGUCUUGAAGUGGUUGAGACACAAGGGCAGACAGGAUAACAGCAUCAAAUCUCGUGUGCGCAGCCGUCGUCUUCAGACUCUUCGCGGUGCGGCCGUCACGGAGGCAAGCAUCGUGCCGCACGAGCAAGUUGCCGUGUCUAAGGACUCCCUGAGCGACAAGGAUUUCAUUCCUUCUGAUGCUGACAUGAAGGCCGCAGAGCACGGUUUCAUUGAGGCGCCGACCACGUCUGCAGCGACGAUUUCAGCGCUGGAGGAGAGGGACCUCAGCGGCGGGUCAUCAUUCUCCGCAGCACCUCAGGCAGACCUACACCUAGGCCCGCUACGUUCGACGCAAGACAAAGUUGGUGAAGUUGUCACCUUGGGCGGUGGCGAGGACAUACAGCGUGGUGUUGGAGGCGGGCACACGGACAACGCUCGACCGCAUCUCAUGACGAUGCGUUCAACACCCCCGCACCCCCAUGGCGUCGACCCUGCCGCCCAGGGCUUAGCCGCAAGCACCGCAUUGCCGACAGUGUCAUUUUAUGACGGCGUGACUAGGGACCGAAGGGCGGGCGACGAGGCACACGCAUUAGCAUAUGGACCGACACAUAUGCCUGCGGGGACACGAUCAAUAGGCCGCAUCGAUGGUGGUUAUUACGACUCCAUGAGGGCAUACGAGGAGCGACAUGGGAGACUUUUGAGGGCCAAGACAUUGGAUGUCCCCAACACCAGGACGACAACUGCGAGGUUAUCUCGAACGAGGACGAAGGAGACAGGUACAUCGAUUCCAUAUCACCGUCGCCGUCAUCUACCUGCUUUCAACGCCAGAGCUCCAACCAGGACGACAACUGCCGGUACAGUGCCGGAGGGAGGGACAGGCGGUGGAGGCUCAACAACCAUUUUGCAGAGAUCGCAGCGUGGGCAUGACGAGCUUCACGAGAGUGCAGCUGGACCAACCCUCAGACCUGACGACAUCGACCGUUCAGGGCCAGUCGAGAAUAGACGAGGCGCUGUGGUCAUCUACCAUGACGAGAGCACCACAGCCGUGGAGGCUGGUGAAACCACAGGCACCGACGAUUCGGGUGACUCUGAUUACGUUCCCAGAGGACAGACGACGGAUGGAGAUGAUGGCGUAGGUCGACGCGGAGACCUGAGAAAUCCUGAAAAUCCUGAAAACUGAAAAGAGUAAAUUAUGCAUAAAAAC